UUGUCAUUGAUUUGCAACGCAUUUUGCCACCAUCUGAGUCUCUGCGCUCUGAUGCUGGAGUGUGCAAUGUUUAGAUGUUGAGGGGACAUGGAUUUGCAGGAGCGGCGAAAGAAGGUUGCCGAGUAUGAGGCGUUUGUUGAGCAGCGCCUCGUGGUGGACUUAGAAAAAGCGAGCAAUGAGAGAGAGAAGCUGCUUCAACAGAUACAGGACUACACGAGCCUUGCUGACAGUGUCAGGCUCCUCCAAACUGACACCCACCAACUCCACACCAUGGUGAACCUUGGUUCUGACAUCCUUGCCCAAGCCAGAGUGCCUGAUGCCACCCGAAUUUUCGUGGACAUUGGCCUUGGUUUCCACGCGGAGCUGACGUGGGAUGAAGCGAUUGCGUUUUGUCAAAAGAAGGAGAUCGAACUUAACAGGAAACUGGACGAUGACAACCGGCGCAUUGCAGGCAUCAAGUCGAACAUUAACCUGGUAUUAGAGGGCAUCCGAGAACUUUCGCAGCUCUGAGGACUGUCUCUCUCAGUGCUAUCCGCUUACUUGCGCCACAUGGAUGAGCCUUUUGAAAGUCACCCUCCAGAAACACGCAAAGAUCAUCACGGUGAAUGUGUAGGGAAGAUUCCUCUGUGGCACGGCAGCUCAAGAUACUAAACUUGAUUUGUGUAGCUAUUAGACAAGCGCUAGAAAAGCUUAGGACAGGUGCGGCGGCGCGGCAGGUAGGUCCAGAGACGAGGCGCAGGAAGGCUACUUUGAUUGCAAUUGGAUGUGGCAUGCUUGUGGGGGAAGCGCUCCCAGGUGUUACUUUUUGCCACUUGAAAUUAGACGAGUGAUAUCUCAAGGGCUGUGAUAAAAAUGGAUUACGUGGUGGCCACGGGAAUAAUUGCUGGCUAGCACCUGCGCUACACAUGCGCAUGCACUUAGUUCAGUUGGCAGGCUACAGUAGUUAACGUCCAUGUGGAAGGCACACAUGUGCCGAGCUUGAUAAAGCUCGAUCUUUUUUCCAGAUUGGUCAUGGUAUCCAGUCGAAUAUCUAGUGUAAGAUAGCGAUUCCAGGGGAUUGCGGCUUUACCUAGUAGAUUGGAUCCUAGCUUGCGAUGUUUCAGAG